AUGGUUUCAGAUGUUGAGAAUCUUAGAAUUCUUCAUGUUAUGAAUAUUUCUGGCUAUGCUACAGCUGAUCAAAUAAGAAGUUUUUUUAAAAUUGCCGGAAGAAUAGAUGAUUUUGUGGUAUAUCCAAGAUUAUCAACAUCAGAAGAAAAUCCAAAAAUGGCAUUUAUAAAAUAUGAAAAAAGAAAAAGUUUAGAGACUGCUCAACAUUUAACAAAUACCGUAUUUUUGGAUAAAGCUUUAUGUUGUGUACCUUUUCCAUUUCCUGAUAUACCAAAAGAGGAAGAUGCAAUGAAUAAUAGUGGACCUGCAGUUAUAGGUAAACGUUGUUUACCAUCACAUGUAACAAAUACAAUAAAAACUCUUGAUGAUGGUACAGAAAUGUUAUAUACAAUUGAUCCUGAUAUGGAGGCAUUAGGUUUACCAUCAUAUCCACCAUUACCAGCAAAUACAGAAUUAGAUAUUGUUGAAGAAAUUCGUCGAACAAUAUAUAUAUCAAAUAUACCUUUAGAUAUUGAUGGACAGGAGGUUGUUGAAUUUUUUAAUGAUGCAUUUGGAGAAGUUAUGUAUUUUAGGAUGUGUCAAAUUAAUGGAACAGAUAAAUGUAAUUAUGGAUAUUUAGAAUUUUCUAAUCAAAUAAGUGUACCAAUAGCAUUACAAAAUUCUGGAAUUGAAUUUAAAGGAAAUGCUUUAAGAAUAACUCAUUCAAGAGUUCGUAUUGUUAAACCUCAAAAGAAGACAAAUGAACAAGUUUUAGAAGAGAUAAAAGAAGCUUCUAAAAAUCAGAAUGAUAAAGAUGAAACAGCUACAAUAAGUGUACUUGUUAAAAGACCACGAUCAAGAUCAAUAGAACGUAAAGAAUCUAAAAGAAGUCCUGUUAAGGAGAAAAGAAGACGAUCAAGAUCAAGAGAAAAACGAAGGAGAUCAAGAUCAACAUCAAAAGAUUAUAAAGAAAGAAAAAGACGGGAGAGGUCAAAGUCGAGGGAGAGAAGAAGAAGAAGUCGAUCUCGUGAUAAGAAAGUUAGAAAACGUAGUCGUUCUCGUGAUCGUCAUCGCUAA